UGGUUCAUUCAUGCGAACUUUAUUGUGACAUCACAAAACUUGAGGCGGAGCUUCCAGGCCGGCUCACUGCUGCACAGAAGUAAUAUGGCAGAAUCAAACCUGGGAGUUUUUAAGCUGCUGGAGACCGUCCUCCGCAGCGCCGCUGCUGGGUUUGCGUUUGGAGAAGCCGCCUCGUUUGCUGUGGAGUCCUCUCUGAUGAAGGAUGUCCUGCUGAAGACAGCCGCUCGAGCUGCUGCACGUGCCGGCUCCACUGGGGUCACGGUGGUGACGGCGUGCCUCGUCUUCACCUCAGCACUGUUGUCGCUCGGAGCUGGUUUCCUGCUUGCUGCCGCGGUGAUGAAGCUGAUGCUCAAAGCAGGACUGGGGUCACCUUGGUUGACCGAAGCCACAGCUGGGGCCUCGGUGGUGGCAGGCGCUGUCACCACUGGAGUUCUGGUUGGAGUACUUCCACCGUGGAUCUACAUUGCAGGCCAAGGUGCUUUGGUUCUUUUCAUCUACUCAUGCUCCAAUGUCAAUGACAUGACCAUAGCUCUGCUGAUAAUCUUUACCACUCUGUACCUCAGUGUUGUCUAUGGACAAAUGGGCGCCAUACUUGGACUUUUCUUUCUGAUCCUGACCAUUGGAGCCCUCUACGCUCUCAGAAAGACCAUAACAAGCAGUGUAGCGCAAGCACCCAAUACAGGCAGCAAAUUAUUGGAGCGAAUAUUUUUCUAUUGUGUUUUUGUGGGAAUUCUUGGGUUUUCUGUGGGUUUAGGGACAGGCAAAGCAGGAGACGGGUUGGAAACAGAGGUGGUGUUGAUGCUAAAUUCAGUCCUCUGGGUGGCUUUCCUGUCGGCGGGGUUGCUGGGAGCUGGCCUGGGAACGGUGGCCAUGGUUGGACUGGGAACGGAGGUGGCUGGAAAGAUCUCUAUUGCAGCUAGUGUGACAAUAUCAUUGGCUUUAAGAGCCAUUCUGGAGAGCCCUCUAAAACCCAGAAGUGCCACAGCAGCAGCUUUAGGGGCAGCAGCUGCUGCAGGGGUGUCACUCGGCGCAGCAAGUGUUGCAGCAAAGCAGACAUUUGAUUCCAGAAACUCUACUUUAAUCAUUCUGGGUUCUGUCGUGGCUGGGACACUCGUAGCUCUUAAAGGGGUUGCAUUAAAAACAACUUUGUUGACAGCAUCAGAUCUUGUGACGGUGGCGCUCAUUGCAGUAGCAGCAUUUUCUCUUGGCGCAACAAAAAGUCCGUUCCACACCAAGGUGAAUCUGCAAAGGGGCCACCUGACAGGGACGGAGCUAAUUAAAGGAAUUGGCAUGGAGACGGUCACCGCAGCAGCAGCCCCCAUCGGUGCUGGGGCGCUCGGCGCCGCAGCGUUAGGCACCGCAGCUCUGGGGACACUGGGGACCAUCGGGGUUCUGGUGGCUAUAACCCUGGCUCUGGGAAGCGCUCUGAGUGGGAUGAUCGGAAAAGCAGAAACAUCGAACAGCCACAGAGACUGAUUAUUGACCAGAACUUGAGAUUUUUGAAGUUUAGUGCCAAAAAGCACACCAGGACUUUUAUGAGGCCAUGUUCCUCUGAUGUACACUAAAGGUUGAAACUUGGGUGUAUAUAUAUAUAUAUAUGUAUAUGUUUGUGUUUGUGUGUGUCAUAUUGAAAUAAAAAAAAAAUAAAAAAAAAUGAACCUUACUCUUUUGCUUUUGUCUGAUCUUCAUCACUUUUUUCCCAGUUGGGCAGCAGAGGAUCUGUUGCUUCCAGAAGGAAGGGGUGGGUGUGGGAGGAGACAGAUUUGCUCCUGAAACCUGAUUCUAUUUUGCAGAUCUUGAUGUAAUUUAAAGCAGUGUACAUAGGAGUAUGAGGCGCUCUGUUCGGAUAAAUGGAUGAUGGGCCUCCAGGCUGCCAUGGUGCCGGGUUAAACUUCAGCUGCAAGGAAAAGUCGGACUAUUUGAGAUGUUUAAACGCUAUAGGAAUUAGGCUUGAGCAAGGUAAGAGGAGUUUCAUGAAGGUGUGUCUCUUCCUCAACUCCGUUUUGAUCCAAAUGCCCAGUUAUGGCCAUCAUUGCGCAUCUUCCAUGGAUUUUGGGGAUUUCUGCGCCUUUGGAUUAUCUUAACCUGAGCAGCUUUCCUUGAGCACUCUGCAUGCCACUGGACCGGGUACCCACAUCAGACACGGACCCGUCCACAGAAUGCUCCGUGGAGUAUUCCGUGCGGGUGCCCGGCGCUGCGGGUCAUGACCCGCGUCGGAGCCGUGAGGUGGCAGUGAUCCGGUCCAGAUGCUGCCGCUGCCUGCCGCUCUCUGUGUCCCUCACCUUUACGCCGGAGUCACUGGAGAGACUUUACCAGAGCUACUUUCGGCGACAGAGGGAGGAGAACCUGCUGGUGCUGGUGGCGUUUGCGGCUCUGUUCAACGCCUUCGUCGUCGUCAUGUGCGCGGUGGUGUACACGCGGGACAAGCUGGUGAUGCUGCUGGUGGCGGCGGCGGGGCUGCUGAUGGACGUGGCGCUGUACCUGCUGUGCCGGUUCCGCAGACUGCCCGCGUCCCCCGUGGCGCGUGGAGCGGUGCCGUACGCGCUGUGGAUGAUGGUCACCAUCCACGUCCUGUGUUACAUGGGCCUGAACUACCAGCGCUUCUCUGGAGCCAGUGACUCCGUGGGCUGGCAGGCUUUCUUCAGCUUCUCCAGUUUCCUGACUCUGCCGCUCAACCUGGUGCCCCUCGUCCUCCUGACGACGCUCUCCUGCGGGGUCCACACCUUGGUGCUGGGGGUGACUGUGGCCCAAACCUUUCAAGACCACCUGCAGGGGCCCAUGCUUGUCAGACAGCUCCUUGCUAAUGUGAUGCUAUACGUUGGAGCCACCUUAGUGGGCGUGAUGUCCUUCUACAUGGCAGACAGGAAGUACAGGACAGCCUUUUUAGAAGCUCGUCAGUCUCUGCAGGUCAAACUUACCCUGGAGGAGCAGAGUACUCAACAGGAGGAACUUUUGCUGUCCAUCCUUCCCAAACACAUUGCUGAUGAAAUGCUGCAAGGCAUGAAGAAUCAGGCCGAUCAGACAGACGUCCAGCAGCAGCAGCAGUUUAACACCAUGUACAUGUACCGCCAUGAAAACGUCAGCAUCCUCUUCGCAGACAUUGUAGGCUUCACCCAGUUAUCGUCUACCUGUAGUGCCCAAGAGCUGGUUAAGUUGCUCAAUGAACUCUUUGCCCGCUUUGACAAACUGGCAGCUCAAUACCAUCAGCUGAGGAUUAAGAUUCUUGGAGAUUGUUACUACUGUAUCUGCGGCCUUCCUGACUUCAGAGAAGACCACGCCGUUUGCUCGAUAAUGAUGGGCCUAGCAAUGGUGGAAGCCAUCUCGUACGUUCGUGAAAUGACAAAAACGGAUGUGGACAUGCGCGUGGGUGUUCACACAGGCACCGUGCUCGGUGGAGUGCUCGGGCAGAAGCGCUGGCAGUUUGAUGUCUGGUCCACAGACGUCACCGUGGCCAACAAGAUGGAGUCCGGUGGAAUUCCGGGGAGAGUACAUAUCUCCCAAAGCACCAAGGACAGCCUGCACGGGGAGUUUGAGGUGGAGCCGGGGAGCGGUGGGGAGAGGUGUGAGUAUCUGCUGGAGAAAGGGAUCGAGACAUACUUGGUUCUUGUGCCAAAACAGACAGAACAAGGACUUAAGAGAGAGACACUAGACAAUGUGGGCAGCAGGAAUUCAAACCAGCUGAUCAACACGAAAGCCACCCAGGGAAACACAAGCUCUCUCCAAUUAGUGCCAACUGCUUCCAAACAGGAGAGGAACAAGAUGAUUGAGGAACAAGCGAUCAAUAGACGGCUGCAGCAGGAGCUCCUGGACAGAGAGUCUCAGCAAAUAAUGAAGGAUCAUAAAAUCAACCCCGUUUCUCUCUGUUUUGUGGACAAGAAGCUAGAGGAGCACUACUCCUCAGAGAAGGAGAAGCGAAGUGGAGCGGCCUUCUCCUGCUGCAUCAUAGUGCUCUUUUUCAUCACGGCAAUGGAGGUGUUUAUAGAUCCACUGCUUGUUGUGAAUUAUGUGACUCUAGCUAUUGGAGAGGUGUUGUUACUAACCCUCACACUGUGCUCCCUUGCUGCCAUCUUCCCCAGGAUGUUCUCCAAACGACUGGUUUCCUUCUCAAUGUGGAUCGAUCGCACCAGGUGGGCAAGAAACACAUGGGCCAUGGCGGCCAUAUUUGUUUUAACCAUGGCGGUGAUCGCUGACAUGUUAAGCUGUGUGCCGUCAUCACUGCGGGUCUUCAACAGCACCAUGGGCCCUGUGCUGGAGUCACUUGGUGACAAUGGCUGUGCAGAAAAUCCCAAAUACUACAGCUUCAUGGCUGUGAUGUCACUCAUUGCAACAGCCAUGCUGGUACAGGUCAGCCACAUAAUCAAACUGGGUCUCAUGAUGCUUGUAGUCACAGCAGCUGGGGCUGUUAACAUCUACAGCUGGAAGGACAUAUUUGAUCUUUAUGACUACAUACAGUUUGCUUCUUACGGAACAUCCAUGGUGCCGUCCAAAUACCUAAUGACUGUAAUGAUUAUUGUCAUGAUGAUCAGCUUUUAUUUCUUUGCUCGUCAUCUGGAGCAUCAGUCCAGGAAACUGUUUCUUUGGAAGAUUGGCGUGCACGACCAGAAGGAGAAAGUGCUUGAAAUAAGGCGCUGGAAUGAAGCGCUGGUCACCAACAUGCUGCCAGAGCAUGUGGCCAAACAUUUCCUGGGCACAAAAAAGAGAGAUGAGGAGCUGUACAGUCAGUCCUAUGAUGAAACAGGUGUUAUGUUUGCUUCUAUCCCCAACUUCUCUGAUUUCUACACUGAGGAGGGCAUCAACAAUGGAGGCAUUGAGUGUCUUCGGAUUCUCAAUGAGAUCAUCUCAGACUUUGACAGUUUGUUGGACAGAGAUGAGUUCCAGUGCAUCACUAAGAUCAAGACAAUAGGAAGCACUUACAUGGCUGCUUCUGGACUUACACCAGGGAGUAACACCAAUGGAUACAGCAACUGCAAGUCAGAGAACCGGUCACUAACGGAACGCUGGCAGCAUCUGGCUGACCUGGCAGACUUUGCCCUGGCAAUGAAAGUCACCCUUGAUAACCUCAACAAACAGUCCUUCAACAACUUUAUGCUUCGGAUUGGUAUGAAUAAAGGAGCAGUUCUUGCUGGAGUUAUUGGAGCGCGUAAACCUCAUUAUGACAUCUGGGGCAACACGGUCAAUGUGGCCAGCAGAAUGGAGUCGACUGGAGUUAUGGGAAACAUCCAGGUGGUGGAGGACUGCUUUGACAUCUUGAAAGAGUACGGUUUCCGCUUCAUCAGAAGAGGCCCCAUAUUUGUGAAAGGCAAAGGAGAGCUACUUACCUUUUUUAUGAAAGGAAAAGACAAGCCCAGUGUGACAACUGCUCUUCCACACCAAGUUGAAACCUUUUCCUGAUUAUUGGAAGCUUGAUUAAAACACAUAACUACCUAUGGAAAAUAAUGUUUUAUCAUUCAUUAUUCCAUAAAUGAGACUUUUUAAAACUUUUUUUACGUAUGCUAAAUUUAUAAAAGAGAGCUAACUAAUCAAAAAAUGUUAUUUGAUAAUCAGGCAAAACUGAAUUCUAUACCAACACCUAGGAAUAAAUUCUUACUGGGCUAUAUAAAGCUAUAUAUCAUUAAGUUAUAUAGCUCUUCCCCAGAUCUCUAUUGUUUAAAUUUUAAUGUAUUGUUUUCUAAGAGUACAUGCUAUAGAAUAAAAUCCUUUUCCAAAUAUCUUUAAAGAAAUAUUGUUGCAGUAGAAACAGACUAGUUACACGGAAAUAAGGUUGUCAAUAGAUUUGUUACAUUUCAGAAAGCUUCAAUCUUUUAAGCAAAAACUUUGCCUACUUCUAUUUAACUUUUUUUAAAGCUGUUUUUUGUAAAAAGAAUAUUUAUAAAAAUUAUGUAUAGUGAUAUGGAAUUUGACUGUGUU